CCCGUUGUGAUAUGUAGUACAAUUAUAUUCGCGGCUGAUUGUUGUUUGGGGUCCUCCGAUAAAAAAAAAAUUAAUGGUUUUUUUUUUAACUGUCAUCUUGUGUUUUAGUUUUAGUCGAUUUUAUCUCGACAAACUCAGCCUGUAUGUGAAGGAAGUUUGUGGUUCUAUAAUAACAAACGUCAUGGGGCCUAAAAAAAAGGAAAGAGACACAGAUCACUCGUCGUCAUCCAAAGGAGGCACCACCACUAAUAACGGUCGGGUUGCUGAUUCCGUUCAAGCACUCAAGCAGAUCAUGAACUCUUUCUUCAAGCUUUUGAAAAACCCACUCAGAUCUAUAGGUAUCUUCGCACACCUCACUUUCUUUCGCCCAUUUUCCUUCAUCGUACUCUGAGCUACAUGAAUGGAAGGUGCACCAGAAACCAUCAAAACAGGAAAACUUGCAAACUGGUGAAUUUGCUAGACAACAAAAUUCAAAAGAAUUCUCAGAAUGAUGUAAAUACUCGGUCUAAAUUUAUGACAUUGACUUUUCUUGGAUUCUAUGAUCCAAAAGUAAAUGGCUGUCGGGAACCGGUGAAAGUCGAAACCCUUCUAUUACAAAUUGGACAUAAAAAAAGAAAAGACGUCUCCUCGCCAAUUAUGCAGAUAAGUGUUGGCACAACGGAAGUUUGUAUAAAUCCCAGUGAAGAGUCUCCCCCUCCCAAAGCUCCAACGGUCUCCAUCUCAACCGAGGAUCUUAGUUUUCGCAAUGGCCAACAGGGCAAUUCAUACGUAUUGCUAUUGCGAGUUUCUGCGCCAGUAAUAUCCGAAAUCCCAUUAAUUUGGUUGAAGUUUAUUUAUUAAUCCACGACUACCCCUACGAAGUACUGGCGAUGUUUUCCUGGACAGUGUUCAGGACAGGUCAAGCCAGGUGAGCAAGCACUUGUAGGGGUUUCCUUGGUCCUUAAUUAAGAAAAAACAAAUCUUCAUGUUAUUGAAAACGAGGAUGGAAACAAGUCUGAUGUUGACUACCACUUAUCAGUAGAUUAACCGAAUCCUCCCAGAAAUGGAAUCAAAUGAUAUUCUGUCCAGAUAUACGAGUUACACUAUCAUAUUCUUUGUUCAUAUAAUCAAACAUAGAAUUUUCUAUUUCACAAACUUUAACGUGUUACUUAUUCGACUGUGAUGAGCGUUUCUUACCAGUAUUGCUCCCACGGUCAUCGUGUAAAGUUGGACCAUACGUUUCAGAUAAAAACACCAUGGCUUCAACGGCCGUGUUAUAAGUAUUAAACUAAGGUAAGAAACGGUUUAAUGUCUACCAGAUUAUCGAACGCCAGCAGAAACUUGUAGGGGUUUCCUUGGUCCUUAAUUAAGAAAAAACAAAUUAAAAUUGAAGCUUCUCCCCUAGGUUUCACGUUAUUAACGGUUGUCUUUUUUAAGAAAAUGUGUGUCAUCUCCAAGAAGAAAAAAGGAAAUACAAAAAAAAAUAAAAUUUGUAAUGAGAUCCAUUAGUCAAACAUACCACCCCGAAGAUGACGCAAAUACAAUGUGUUGUGCGA